CGACGCGGCUACCGUUGAUCUUUUAAGCGUGGCAGAAAACAUGUCUCAUCAUUCGCCGAAAUGCAGAUUAUGCGGCGGGGGAAGUGAUAAGGAUUUCCCAAGGCGGGAUGGAACCCCUUUUUGCGGGCCUCACUAGACGACCGAGGAUAGCUGAACGUGAAAGACAAAUUAUGUUGGGAUGACGCCCCUUUCUCGUUCAUGAUUCUUUUGUCAUUCUUUCUUUCGUCUUCGCCGUGUGCGUUGAAGCAGGCUGAUUGAUUCAAACCAAGUGCGAUUGAAUCUCUGCAUCUCAUUAUGGAUUACCGUCCACUCAAAUCCGGCCUUCCCACAGGCAGGCUCCCUACGAUCCUGAUCACAGCCUUUAUCUCCAUUACAGCAACUCUUGUACUGCUCCGUCUCUCACCACCGGGGGGGAAAGUCUCGUCUUUCGUACCGGUAGCUGUGGGACCACCAGCACAACAAGGUCAAGAUGGCAGUACGCGAACAGGAGGUGGGGUUGUAGUUGUCCCUGAAGUGGAUGUUGGCGGGUUUGGAAAUGGAUUCGAUGAGGAGGAGGCAAAGGCCAACGCGAACGGAGCCAAUGUUGUGGUGGUUACGUCGACAUCGGUGGUGUUGCAAACUACGACUUCAACAGUGCUCCAGCAGGCUAUGAGCACAGCUGCUGCCAGUGCAAAUGCGAAUUGCCAUCCUGCCGAUGGUGCCUUGGACGUAUUGAGGGAAAUGGAGCAGAAAUAUAGCAGUUUGAGAGAUGAUAAGUUCACAAUAACCAUUGGAACUUACAAACGCCCCAAAGAGCUCAAUAAAACAAUCAAUAUCCUUCUAGCAGAACGCAUUCCUUCUCUUCAGGAAAUUGUCAUUAUCAACAACGACCUUAACGCCACGCUUGAAGAAGAUUACGUCUCUCCCCUCGGCGUACCUGUCCGUCACCGCAAGUCCGAAGUGAACAGCAUGAAUAAUAGACUGACGCCCGACCCCCUUCUCAAAACUCAAGCUGUCUUCAGCUCAGACGAUGACGUUUAUUUUACACCAUCAGACCUCGAAUGGGGGUUCCAGAUCUGGCGAAACUAUGGUCAGAAUAGGAUUGUUGGUGCUCAUGGUCGAUGUGUGGGUAUCGAUGAGAGCGGACAGACUUGGUAUAAGAGUAAAUGCUCUACGGGUGGUGGAGCAGAGAGUUACUAUCAAAUGGUGCUCGUGGGACUCGCCUUCAUCCACGUCAAAUUCAUGGGCUUCUACGCAUCCGCUCACCCAAUCGCCAUACAAGCCCGGAAUCUCGUAGACGAAACCUUCAACUGCGAUGACCUUGCAAUGAACUACAUCAUGAGCAUGUUGACAUGCCAGGGACCAUUGCAGCUCAGAGGUCAAAAGCCAUGGCACGAUCUGGGAAGCCCGGAUGGCAUCAGUCAUAAAUCUGAUCACCAGAAGAAGAGAGACAAGUGUUUGAGGAGCUUUGAAGAUUGGAUGGGUGGGAGUCCGUUGGUUAAUGUUACGGGGCAUAUGAGGAGGGGGUACACAGAUUACCAGGGUAGUAUGUUCGGUGUUUUUGAUAGUGAUAAGGGACAGUAAGGGAGGCUGGAAAUGGACAUACUGGGCUGGAUAGAUCGAUGCGAAGUGCGAUAUAUUUAAAACAGAUGAUAGCAUUCAUUUGUGUAUUUGUAAUGCUUCUGUAGAUUACUGGCGUUAAGAAAGGCAGGCGUUCUGAGUAUCAGAAGACAAGACUGCUAAUUGCGAUGGAGAGAACAAAUCUAGGGAAUAAAGACAUACAUACGUAUGGAACACUCAAGUGCAUUGCCCGUUACUUCUUGAAGCAAGUACAUUCGUUGUUGACCUGUCAACAACCUCUCGCUAAGGGCUGUGUAGAACUCUCACCUUCAACUCCUCAAGUUAAGUAAAUUUCUGCCAACCAGCAUCUGGAAACACGGUGUGAGUAAUGGUCGGACAGG